AUGGAUCACCUACUCAACAUCAAGCCUCCUCUCCCGCUCCCAGCCCCCUCUGCCUCCACCGACAACCUCAAGCUGAGGGCAUCCACGGAGGCCGUCCUCAAGGCCAGGCAUCUCCUCCACGCCUUCGUCGUCAAGCACGCCGGCCGCCUCGCAGGAGCCCUCGCCGGAGCAAGGUCGGCGCUCCUUGCUCUCCUCAACGCCAAGACCGGCCUCGUCACCAGCAAGCUGAGGAGAAGGUCGUCGUCGACCAAGGCCAGGAAGAAGGGCAAGGAACCGUGCUGCUCCGGCGGCGGCGGUGGCAAUGCCACCCCGACGCAGUACCUCAACCUGCUCCCUGACGGUGCCGUGCCUUCGUGGUCGUUAGGGGAGCCAUCGCCCGCUGAGAUUGAGGCCGCCGCCGGCGCGGCCUACUACUACGACCCGUCGUGGAACGCGGUGAUCCCUGCCGAACAGCUGUCGCCGAUGAUCGCCGGCCGGUUUCUGGAGUGGCCCGAGCCGGACGGGGUGGAGGAGGAGGGCGGUUGCAACGAGAUCGACAGCCUCGCUGAGAGGUUCAUCGCCAGGUGCCAUGAGAGGUUCGUCCUGGAGAAGCAGGCGUCCUUCAGGAGAUUCCAGGAGAUGCUGGCUAGGAGCUUUUAG